CUAUAAAAACACACCAAGCCCUUCAAUUCUCAUGCAUUGAAAUCAUUCAAAGUUCUCUCAUAUUUCUUCUCUCUAAUCUCAUUAAAACACUCCUUUUAGAGAUUAUUUACCUUCACCAUGUCUUCCAAAAAGCUCUUGGUCCUAAAGACAAUCGACGGCGAGGAAUUCGAACUCGACGAGGCAGUGGCGGUGAGGUCAGAAGCCAUCAAAAAUAUGGUGGAAGAUGACUGCGCUUCAAACACCAUUCCUUUGCCUAAUGUCGAUAGCAAAACAAUGGCCAAAGUGAUCGAAUACUGGCAAAAACACUCCGAGGAAGGCGUCUCAGAGGACGAGUUGAAGGAUUUUGACAAGAAUUUUGUGAAGGUGCUGAAUUACUCGGAGUUGUAUGAUCUAAUUUUAGCAGCUAAUUAUCUUAAUGAUAAGGAGCUAUUGGAUAUAUUGUGUCAAGAAACUGCUGAUAGGAUCAAAGGGAAAACGCCAGAGGAAAUACGUAAAGCAUUUAACAUCAAGAAUUAUUUUACACCUGCGGAAGAAGAGCAAAUCCGUAAAGAAAAUGCUUGGGCCUUUGAUUGAUUUUACAACAGUGCUUCUUCUUUUCUUGUUUAGAAUUAAAACUGUCUAAGUUAUUUUUCAAAGUUCUAUGUUCUUGAUGCUUUGUUUUUAGAAUUUGUUUGGUUUUGAUUGA